GGGUACUUGACAAACAAAUGUGCACAGACAAUCGUAAUCGCACACUUCGUGAACUAAUAUAGUUUUCAUUACAUUUUAACGACUACGUGCCUACUAGUUAAAAAGCCUACGUUGCUAAAUAUAAAUUAGUAUUAAAUUAAUAAGUAAGUUCAAGAGUCCAUAAUUAUUUGUAACUAAUUUGCUUUAAUAACUACUUAUCCUAAGAUUGUAUGGAUAUUGUAGUUCUACAGGUACAGUGAGGUUGAAAUUAGGCUUGUAAUUGUCGGUCUUUAAAAUUUGAUCAUGGAUCUGCCAGUUUUAUCAGAAUGCUGCUUCUGUUUGCCGCUACGAUUUGGAUUGCUGGUAUGGGGAUAUAUCAAAUUGACCAUUUCCAGCAUAACGGCUUUAAUACUGCUGUUAGCAUUGGAAGAGAAGAUUGUGAGGAUGGGUGAUGAUCGUGAUUAUUUGGAGAUAUAUGUCCUGGCACUAGUGCUGGUCACUGUUGCGAUUAAUCUCGCUUUGGACACCCUCUUCGUUGUUGGUGGUCAUAAGAAAAACGUGAAACUGCUGCAGAUCUACUACAUCUACCACAUAGUGUUGUGGGUUCUGACCCUGAUAUCCCUGAUAGUCAUGGGCUUCGUCAUGAUGAAGGGAAUCCAUGGACGCAUAGUGCUGCAAAUCAACUUUUUCAACAUAUUUCUUAGUAGCGUACUGCAAUCCUACUUCUUGCUUCUGCUGAGGAGUCAGAUCAUGAAACUGAAAACCAACAUCGACUUCCAAUACUUGAACAGUACUGCUGAAACAGGACCUAAGUGCACCAUGCAAUAUGGCACAGCUAUUUACGCGUUGGAGGGCUCACAAGAUGUUUAUAAUGUGUGAAAAAUAUAAGUAAGAAAAGUAGCAGAUGGAAAAGUACGAAGAUUAUGUCGAUAAGCUUAUUUAAUUCUUGUAAGUAAAAUAAAUCAACGCUGGCGUUUUUAGUAAUUUUGUAGAUCAUGGUGUAAAAAAAUACUAAUAACCCUCUUAUCGCUUUUGAAGAACUGGGGGUUUAUUUUUAUAUAAACAUUUUCUUACUUGCUAAAUAAACUGUUAAAAACAAGAAGAAAAAUAGUAACAUUAAUUUAACCAGUAGUAAAAUUAGGUAUCUAAAACCUUUAAAUGCAUUU